AUGGCAGCCAUUUUCACACUCAUAUUUGCCCUUGUCAUGUUUCAGGUUUCUUUUCCUGCUGUAAUUGCAAUUAGCGUCAACUACUAUGAUUACGCAUGCCCCAAGCUCGAGACGACGGUCACCAAUGUUGUCAAGAAAGCAAUGAAGAAUGAUAAAACAGUUCCAGCUGCACUACUUCGCAUGCACUUCCAUGAUUGCUUUAUCAGAAAAAAAGAUGGGCCUCCGAACCUUUCAUUGCAUGCGUUUUAUGUAAUUGACAAUGCAAGGGAAGCGGUGGAAGCAUUGUGCCCUGGCGUGGUUUCUUGUGCUGAUAUGUUGGCUCUAGCAGCUCGAGAUGCAGUGGCUCUGAACAGAAUCUACAACUUCAAUGCCACCUUAUACAUCGACCCGUCGAUGAACCCAUCUUUUGCAGCUAGCUUAAGAAGAGUAUGCCCAGCACACAGCAAGGUGAAAACGGCAGGUGUCUUAGUGGAUCCUUCGGGGACUGUAUUUGACAACGCGUACUACAAGCUACUUCUUCAGGGAAGGAGUAUUUUGUCUUCGGAUCAAGCUCUACUCACAACCCAGAAGACUAGAGUUUUGGUUUCCGAGUACGCCCGUUCCAAAACAGCCUUUGAAAAGGCUUUCGUGCAGCCCAUGAUCAAAAUGAGUAGCAUCACUGGUGGACAAGGGAUUAGGCUCGAUUGUAGAGUAGUCAAUUGA